UUGACGUGGAUAUGAAGUCAGCUGAUAAUUCAGACCCUGAUACCACUUGUUACGGAUCCAAUGUGAAGAAAUUUGUCGAUUCGACAAGUUCUGACACCACAUCUUGUGCAAGCUCUAGCGUAGAUCUCGGGGCUAGGAAGCUGGUGAUGGAGGACUUCCACUUCAUGCAACGGCUAGGGAACGGCGACAUCGGCACCGUGUACCUGGUGGAGCUCAAGGGCAAAAGAGGGUGCUAUUUUGCGGCAAAGGUGAUGGAUAAAGAAGAGUUGGUUUAUAGGAAGAAAGAGUGUAGGGCUGGGGUUGAGAAGAUGAUACUUCAAAUGUUGGAUCACCCUUUUUGCCCCUCCCUUUAUGCAACCUUAGACUGUCCUAGGUGGUCGUGCUUGUUGACUGAGUUUUGUCCCGGUGGCGACCUCCACGUCCUCCGCCAACGCCAGCCGGAUAAAAGGUUCGACGAAGAUGCUGUCCGGUUCUAUGCCUCUGAAGUGGUGGUUGCUCUAGAGUAUUUGCACAUGUUAGGUAUAAUUUAUCGUGAUUUGAAACCUGAAAAUAUUCUCGUCAGAUCGGAUGGUCAUAUUAUGUUGACCGACUUUGAUCUCUCCCUAAAAUGUGAUAAUUCAAUAUCAAAGGCACAACUUGUGCACGAUCCAACGGACAAGAAAUCUCACAACGCAUUCGAAGGCCGCACUAUAGCUGAUCCAACACGAUUUUCGAUCUCAUCAUACAUUUUGCCUAGUUGCAUCGUUCCACAUGUCCCAUGCCUCCACCAUCGGGGACACAAGUGGAAAUCCUCCCCUAUGAAAAAGAAAGGAGGCGGACAUUGUGCGACCCUAAAAAUCGUGGCAGAACCGGUUGACGCUCGAUCAAUGUCGUUCGUUGGGACACAUGAGUACUUAGCCCCGGAGAUUGUCUCAGGGGAAGGGCAUGGAAAUGCCGUGGAUUGGUGGACGCUAGGAAUAUUUAUAUACGAACUCUUCUAUGGCGUAACGCCUUUUCGCGGGAAGGAGCAUGAAUUCACUCUAGCCAACAUUGUGGCUCAUGGGCUCGAGUUCCCUAGUGAGCCAGUGGUUGCAGCCAGUGCUAAGGAUUUGAUGAGCCAACUAUUGAAUAAGGAUCCAACUAAGAGAAUGGGGUCCACACUAGGGGCUGCAGCAAUCAAGCACCAUCCAUUUUUUGAAAGGAAUGAAUCAAGAAAUGGAUCACACUUCUCCCACAUCUCAAGACACUGAUCAUGAUUCCACAAAUGCCGCUCUCAAGCUGCAAAAGGUUUACCGGAGUUAUCGU